AUGACCUCAGGCAACAGGAAUAUCCGGUUCGGGGCUGGAGUUGGUAUUGUGCAGUUUGUAGUGAGGAUGGCGCUGUGGUCUUGCUCUCAGGAUCUUGGCUCGGCUGAGGAGGAUGAGAAACAGGGACUGACUCUUACAUCUUUGCAGCGCCUGUCAGAAACUCAGCAUAUUUUGUUUUCCACACAGACCCAUGGUCAAGGGGUUGAAUUAAUUUGUCAAAAACAAAAAGAGUUUGUGAAGAGCUCUGUAGAAUCCAAAUGGAAUCUAGUGGAAGCCCAGCAGAAACUUAGUAGUUUAGCACUGCAUAAUUCGGAAUCCAUGGAUCAGGAAUAUGCCAAAGCACAGACUGAAGCUUCAGAACUGAGAGAGAGAGAGGAAGAGUGGAGAAGAAAAGAAGAAGCGCUAAUACAGAGGGAAAGACAGAAUCUAUGGAAUACAGAUUCUGUUAGUAAGGAGGUAUUUAAUAAGAGUUUUAUUAGUCAAAAUAAAAGAAAAGAAGUAGAAGAUGAAGACAUAUCUAAAUCAUUUAUGCAGAAGCAUGAACAAAAGAUUAGAUACUUUGGUAUGCUGGGCAGAUGGGAUGACAGUCAAAGAUUUUUGUCUGACCACCCAUAUCUUGUUUGUGAAGAAACAGCUAAGUAUCUCAUCUUAUGGUGUUUCCAUCUAGAAGCUGAACAGAAAAGAGCUCUGAUGGGACAAAUAGCACACCAAGCAGUUGUAAUGCAGUUUAUUAUAGAAAUGGCCAAAAGUUGUAAUGUGGAUCCAAGAGGCUGUUUUCGUCUAUUUUUCCAAAAAGCCAAAGCAGGAGAAGAAGGCUAUUUGGAAGCUUUUAAAACUGAGCUUGAAGCAUUCAAAUCAAGAGUGAGAAUCUAUUCACAGUCACAAGGCUUUGAAGCUAUUUCAGUACAGAAUCCCAGUGACUAUACUGGUUUUGUAGAAGGGCUGGAGUCUUUGUCACAGAAUGCAGAUGGUCUACAAGGUUGCAUAAACACAAGUUUCUGCAAUUUAAACUCAAUGGUACAAAAAGACGAAGAACCCAAAAUGAUGGACACAGUAUAGCACUGUUAAGACUGAGGCCAAGUACUCUUUUUAUUACAAAGAAAAGAACAUGGCUAUUUUCUUGACAUGUUUUUAUGGGUACUGCACUUUAUUUUUGGUGCUUUGAGGGAGGAUUUGGAGGGAGGGUAAUCCAGAAAUACUUGUAAUACUGUUUGAAAAUGUGCUGCUAGGUUUUUCGGUCGUCUAUGAAGAGUGGGGUUCUCAUUGCCAAAUGUGAAAAUUGAUGUGUUUUAUGCUACUAAAUUUGCCUUUCAUGAUUUUGAGAAUUAAAGUAUGAAAAAGAAAUCUGCACAAAUACAAUGUUUACAAAAAGUGGUAGAUUUUUGGUGGAAUCUGCUAUUGUCUCUUCUUAGACAUCGGCAUGUUCCAUGAAUAUUGCAGAUCACAAUUAUACUCCUGCUAUAUUGCUGGUAUAGCUCUCAAAUCUGGUUUUAUCAUUAAUAGCAAUAAAUUAGUAUGAUAUCAGUAUUGCAGAUCUGGAUGGCUUAAAUUAUAGUACUGGCUCUCUACCUCUUAUAAGGGGAUUUAAAUGUUACAUUGUGCUUUCAUAGAAAAAUCUUGUUUUUGCAAUUUUGCAAACAAUUGCUUACAUGUGAGCUCUGGGUUGUAUGGUCACUGAGAAUCUUUUUCUUUUUUAAGACUAACAUUUUAGUUUAAAAAUUUUAGUUAAUUUAAACUAAUUUUUUAAAGCAAGAUCUGUUAUGGGGUGAAAAGUAUUUGAUGAAGGGAACAGAGGGGAGCUUAAGGUACAAUGGGUGGGAAGAGACUCUGCUUUCAACAAAAAGCUUGAUCACGGUCAAGGGCCAAGUACUUGUAAGUCAGGUUUUGGCAGGUAUUUCAUACACUGCUAAACUAAAGCUCUUUUUAAUAAAUGAAUGACUUCUGAAAUUAUCAACUUAAGUACUGAGAAGUGGGAAGUUCUUUAAAAGCCUUCUUUGUUAGGAACCUUAGGUCCAAAUGCCGUUCCCAGAAUAAGCCUGGUAUCAGAGCCUCUGCAAUCCAAAAUUUCUACCAAGCUUUUCAAACUUACUGCUUCUAUAGCAGCUCUGUCUACUCUGUAGCUGGGCUGUUCCAGGAGAGCGUCUGUAUCUCAAAUACCAGUAUAAAUUUUCACUUUGCAUGUUUUUACAGGAGACUAUUAUUUGUAUUUGGCCAGAUCUAUUGUUUACUUGGCCCUUUGCUGCAUUGCUCUGAUUGCACACAGGGCUUGGAAUGCAUUUAGAAUAAUAGUUUGAUGACUAACCCAAGUAAAUAAGUUGGUAUAACCAGUUCUCACAGAGCCUACCCUCAGUCGCUGACACAGGCAAACUAGCUGUUAUGCAACACUAGCUGUUUUUUAUUGUAGGCUGUAAUUAUGGUAUACUGAAGUCUAAAAGUCUGUUGUAGUAUACAGUGGGAUAAGUAUUAGCAAAAAUUCAUCAGCAGAUCAGCUGAUGGGAGCUCCUUUCUUGGCCCUAGUACUAUUGUCUGGAACACUUGUGUUUUAUCCUCAGGUUAUCUGCUGUUCUGUCUGAUUAUCAGGCAGACAAGGAGGAUUUGAGGAAAGAACACACCAUGUCCAGGAUGUCUACCAAGACCCCCAGGUCCUUUUCAGCACAGCUGCUCCCCAUCCAGCCUUCAGCCUAUAUCAUUGCAAGGGGUUCUUCCUUCCCAGGGGCAGGACUUGGCAUUUGUUCUUGUAGAAUUUCAUAAUAUUCCUAUCAGUCCAUUCUCUAGCCUGUCUCAGUCCCUCUGAAUGGCAGCCCUGACCUCAAGCGUAUUGACUGCUCCACCAAAUUUGGCGUCAUCUGCAAACUUGAUGAGAAUGCACUCCAUUGCCUCCUCCAGGUCAUUGAUAAAGAUGUUAAGCAGGACAGAUCCCAGGAUAGACCCCUGCAGUACUCCACUUGUUACCAGCAUCCAGGUAGAGUAUUGACCUAUCAACCACUACCCUCUGAGCCCGAUCAUCCAACUAGUUUUUCACCCAUCUAGUUGCCCCCCCCCAUCCAGACUGUAAUGUCCUAACUUGGAUACAAGAAUAUGGUGGGAGAUGGUGCUGAAAGACUUGCUAAAGUUGAGGUAAAUGUCCACAAACAUAAUUAUUUUAAUCAAAGAAAGCAAUCGGGUUGGUCAGGCAUGAUUUACCUUUGGUAAAUCCAUGCUGACUGUUCCCAAUAGCCUUCUCCAUCAUGUUCCCAGAAAUGUAUUCCAAGAAGACUCACUCCAUGAGUUUCCAAGGGACUGAAGUGAUGCUGACCGGCCUGUAGUUCUCCAGUGUCCUUUUGGCCAUUUUUGAAGAUGGGUGCAACAUUUGCCUUUGUCUAGUCAUUGGGGGACCUCCCCCAAUCUCCAUGACUUUUCAAAGAUGGUAGGGAGUGGCCUUGCAAGGACAUCAGCCAGCUUUCUCAGCACCCUUGGAUGCAGCCCAUUGGGUCUCAUGGACUUGUAUGGGUCAAAUUCUCGCAAGUAAUCCCUGACUCUAUCCUCAUCCACUGCUGAUAGUUUUCCUCCUUGAACCCUUUUGCUAAGCACAGAGGCCUGGGAGACCUUGCUAGUGAAGACUGAGGCAAAGAAGCCAUUGAAUACCUUAACCUUAUCUGCAUCUGCUCUAAGUCACCCGCCCCAUUCAGCAAUGGUCCCAGGUUUUCCUUGUUCAGCCUUUUACUAAUAAUGUAGUGGUAGAAGCUCUCCUUGUUGCCCUUGACGAUUCUUGCCAGUCUCAACUCCAGUUCAGCUUUGGCUUUCCUGACACCAUCAUUACGUGCCUGGGUGAUGUUUCUAAAUAUUUAAUUUCUUUCCUUAAUAUUACUUAAAGUUGCUUUGCUUUUGCUUUCUGAUUGAACCCCAUAAGUACAGCAGUAAUAUGAGCACUAUAGCAAAAUAACUCACAAAUCAUACUACCAUUUGCAGUAGAACCUUUUUGCCUAGGAACCCCUGAUUUGCUUUAAGUGGUUGUAAAGAUGCUUCAAAUCCUAAGGAGACUUUUUUCCUCUCAAGUUAAUUGAAAGUUAUGUAGGCUAGUAGAUAAAGAAAACAAGCACAGCUGCUUUUUUUUUUUCUGAAAAUGAAUCAAAAUCCAUAAAUAGAAGCAUGGAAUAGCUCAAGGUUUCAUGGUGGAAUGUUGUAACUAACAGGUUCUAAGCUCAACUUUCUAAAGGAAGGGUAUCUUCAGUCUAGAGCUUCCAUAUAGACAAAGAUUCAAGUAAAAGUUAUUGGCAAAGUUUUUGUCAAACUAUCUUUGAAGGGUAAAGAAAGUUACUUGCAGUGAUAGCUACUGCCCAUGCUAAUACAUAAUAUGUAAAGUGCUUCACAGUACAGUUCACGAAUAAACAGGUCAGCCAAAAUGGUCUGUAAUGACGCUGUAUUCUGGAUUGUAUUUUCUCCCCACAAUUCAAUAUGUGCCUAAAAUUAGUAUUUUCUGAUUAAUACAAACUCAAGAGUAAGUGCUUUUGUUAAAAUCAAUCAUUCUAUUACAGAAAUUAGUAAUAUUUAAUAUAAGAAUACAGCAUUAAAGAAAGGAUCCCGAGAGAAUUGAAAGGAAGAAGAGGGAAAAAGUAUAACAGAAAUCAGUUGUCCAUUUCCUCCAGUAUAUCCAUCUAACUUUUUAGGGUUGCCCUAGCAGAAGUGGGAUGAUAAUAGUUAUGUCAUUUAGUUCCAAGAGCAGCUAUAACACUAAAAACUCAAAUUAGGUAUGUGUUACUAUGUUUCUUAAAGUGAGCUAGUGGCCAUAUCAGUUCAUGAAGUUGGUAAUUGCCCAUGGAACAUUUAUUAAUGAGCUAUGAAGGCUAAAGAUAAGGAACAGGCAGUCCUAUGAUAGAGCAGGUGUUAUACAAUAAUAACCAUCCAAAUAAUUCUGAAUGGGACAAAUACUGAAGUUAUCACACCUCAACGAUCAGAGAAGUACCCAAGGAUGCAUCAGUUCAAACAAGUGAACCAAGUAUAAUCAAGUUGCUUUGAAGUAGUUCUAGUAACUGCAUUUAUUUGUAAAGUAUGUUAUUACUAGUAAUGAUAAUAGUUUAGGCCUAUGUCUUACUGUGGGGUUAGAGGCAUUUUUUUCUCCAGAGAGCUAUUGAAUUCAGGAAAAACUAUUGUCAAUCCCCCCUCCUCCAAAAAAAAAAAUCCUUUUCUGCAACCUCCUUAAAGAUGGAGCUUCUAGUCUUAUACUCAAUGCACAGAACACUUCUGGUAGAACAGAAUGAAGGUGGAAGAUGUGGAAACACAAAUAAAGGACAGUCACUUUAGGAUGUUGCCAAAAAAAAUCUCUAAUCAAUUUAUUUCGGUGGGAUAAGAAUCCACAAGCCUUUCUAUGAUGAUCUACUAUUAUUCAAAUGUUAUCCAUGUUAUUUACACACCAGAUCAGCUUUAACUUAAGAUGCACUUUGAAUAAAAGUUUGGCUUCUACAAGA